CGGAAUAUGAGCAGCUGCCAGCACCUGUAGUCAUAACUAAAGUUAUCAUAUUGUCGGGAACACUUUGUAAAACAAGACAAGAUGGAUGAAGAAGAUUUGUAUGAUCAGAUGGUUGAACCGAACAGAUGUACACUUAUUAAGUAUAUAGAAACAGAAGAUAUUGUGGAUGAGCUGAGACAAAAGAAAACCAUCAGCGUUGAUGACUAUGAUGAGGUCCAUGCCUGUGCUGGACGAAGACGGAGAACAGCAAAGCUUUUAGACAUCUUACAAACGAAAGGGGACAGAGGCGUGCAAGACUUUUUCAAGACCAUUGAGAUGGUUUAUCCUGACUUGUAUCAGGCAGUGACAGGGAAAUCUCCCCAGAAACCGCCUCCAAACUAUUUGAUAAGAAGUAGUCGAAUGCCGUCUUUACACACCAUAAACCACCUUCCACAACUUGCCCAGGACCUGAAGACGCAGUACCAGAAUAACAAACAACUAGUUCAACAACUCCAGGAACUAGAGAAUGCCAUGGUGUUUGAACAGAAUGACAACAAAGAACUGGAGAAAGAAAAUACUGAAUUAAGGAAACGAAUUGACAGUUUAAGAACAGAUCGUGAUGCUUUGGAAUCUCAGGUGGCAACCUUUAUGGCUGAGAACCACAAACUAAAGGAUGAAUCGUUAAACUACUUAAAGACAAGCCUUGAUUACCACCAACAAUCUGAACUGUACAAACAAAGGGCAAGAGAGAUACAAAUAGAGAAAGAUGAAAUGGAACGCACCUUCCAACGGAUUCGACAGGAACACCACGAGGGUGUUCGCCAGUCACGGUUAUCCCUUGGUGUCUCCAUUCGAGAAGUGCAUCAAGGUCCUUCCUUCAACUCCACAGAAGAAAGUGAGCAUUCCAGUUUGGAGACAAACCUGAUGUUGCAGCAGCAGAUUUUGAAUGAGAAGGUAGAGGAAAUGCAAAUGGAUUUAGCUAAUAUAGCUGAAGACCUAUUGCUGGCACGCACACAGAGUGACGAGUACCAGAACCUGUAUAAAAAUGUGAAGGAAACAUGUGAAAAACUGAAAAAUGAAAGAACAAAGAUGGACAGCCUCCUAGAGAAACAACUGUACACAACUAACCAUUACUUUGAGAUGAUCCAGAAUCUGGAAGCAGACAAGAAAAUGUUAGAAGAAGAACGUAUUAAAGAACAAAAGAAAGUGAGUGAGGAAUCAGAGAAGAGGAAUAAGCUGUUUAUGGAGAAACAUCAGCUGGAGCAGAGAAACACAGCUCUAAUUAUGGAGGUAGAACGCUACCGCAUAAAAGUACGGCGUUCCCAGGACCCCUCUGAUGAAGACACUGGAGUCUUACAACGGAGAACUGGACAAGCAAACAAAAGAACUGCCAUUUAUAAACAAGAAUGUUCCCUCCAUGUUCAUCCUGGGACAGUUCGUCAACAAAGUGAGCGCAGUGAUCUAGAAAUCGACCAGAACAAUGAACUAAACACAACUGUGGCAAUUUUGUUGGCAGCACGCCUUGGAGAAGCUAGUAAGGAAGAUGAUAAAUUACAACAAGGGAGAGUGCAACGGCGAGGCAGACUGAAGGGUGGGCAGUAUGUUACCAUGAAUAUGAUGGACGAGAUCUCUGGGGAAGAUAGGUCAUUCAAGUCAGAUGAAUCUCUACAUACCUCAGAAGCCAAUGGCCCAAGCCUUGUGCUAGAGGAUAUACUUCCUUCAUACAUACUCUCCUCGGCCACAAAGACUCCAAACACAUACACCAUCAAAGUAGCCACUCCCUUACUGAAGGACAAAUUUGACAUCAUAGGCGGCAACCUGAGUGGAAUCUAUGUCAGAAGAAGCACCAAGAAAAAGUCUGGUCCUAUUGAAGAAGGAGAUAAGAUACUGUCGGUAGGAGUAUUCAUUAGUGAUGUCCAGGCCCUCCACACAGACUUGAUGUACCGCACUUUUGAGGAGGCCACACACAUUCUACAGGCCCAGGCAGAUCCCAAGCAUGCAAAUAUGGUGGAGGUCAAACUACAGAAGGACCCAGAAGGAUAUAACAAAGUACUCAAAUGGACAGAGAAGCAUGGUAGCACCGAUUGUUUCUUUAUCAGGGCAAAUUUUGUUUGGGAAGAAGACAGCAAUCGUCCCAGUAUACAAAAUGGAGACAUUUUUUGUGUUUGCUCAACAAGGAAGGACAAGGAAGAUAACUAUUGGAAAGCAUUUCGGUUUGACAAGGGGAGUAAUUCCUGGAGCAAAGACCCUGUAUUUUUACCCAAUGUUUCUGAGGUGUUGAAGCUGAAACGGGGAGGAGUUGUUACUGGUAGACAACGUGGCCGACAACAAGCAUUCCGUCAUCGACCCUACUCAAGAGUGUUGCCAACAGGAUCAGCCAACACAGACUACAGUAUGGAUAACGAAGUUGUCUCCCCUUCUGUACCUCUCCCGUGGGACACCAAGUUCAAAGAUAAGAUACACUGGCACAAGGAGAGCCGGCUAGAUGCAAUGGAGGUGGAGAAGUACCGCCACCUGCUGGGCUAUAGUUCGGAGAUGUCAUUUACCUCAAACAGUAUUGACAUGUACAGUGACACUUCCAACAUAUGCAACUCUAUUUCCGUAACAAAUGAAGAAUGUCAAUCCCUGUAGGAGGCGGAUAGCACUUUUCAUUGACCAGAUGUUUGCUGAAACUUAAUGAUACGGUAGAAAAGCGUUGAUGUUUUAAUGAGACAGAUAUAUUAAAGAAAGGAGGUAGAUAUUGCAAUAGCAAUGUUACUGUAAAUCAUUAUGAUCCUUACAAAGGGUUUAACAUGUUAGAUAAGUCAUGCGUUUUCUGAAUAAGAAAUAUUUCAUGUUUUCUAGUUAGUUUCCAGGCCACCAUUGUGACAAGUAAUAUAUGUGUUAUUAAUGAAGUGCUCUUGUUGAAUUUUUAUUAUGUUAAUUAAGACUAACAUUCCUUCUCUGGUGUACAGAUUAAUCAAACAAUUGUGAGCACCCAGAUCACUACAGGAUCUCUUGUCAUAACAACUUGUUAGUCCGUUUAUCUGACUGCUGGAACUGAUCUGAAGAAAUCCCCUUAGACUUAAAUGAAGCUUUACACGUAAUUACAUCUGAACAUGUGUACAUUCUUUCAUUCUGAUCCUUUUUUUAUUGAGUUAUGUCCCCUUGUUUAAAAACCUAUCAUUACUAUUGUUUUUUUUUCACAGAUUGUUGUUAUUGUUACAUAACCAGGCUUUUUGGCAUGACAGGCAGUAUUAUUAUGUAUGAAGCAUUUAUAUGAUUUUUUUUUUAUCUAUUCUUAUUUUUUUUUCAUUUCUGAAACCUGAUUGGAUGAAUAUAUAAAAAAUUCAG